AUGUCUGGCGAUGAUCGAUCACCCAACUUUGGGUCCGUGACCGUCCACCAGGAUGCAGAAAUCACGGUGGGCCAUAUCAAUUAUCUCUUGAUCCUGAACCCAGAUAAUUUUCUCGAGAAAGCUGGCUUAGAUGCCACCAGCCAUGCCCUUGCGCUGGUGUAUCCGACCACUCCAGGCGAAAGCGUCUCUGUAUCGUCACUGCGCGAGUUUCGAACCAAAACACUCGAACCAGAUGAUGUGUUUCAGUCCGACUUCGCCACCAACCUGAUUUUCUAUGGAAGUGACGAAAAAAACCUCCAUAUUGAACCGGACACUGCGGCGGAGCUCAAGUUGUGGAAUGUCAAGAGGCAAUACACAUUGGCAAGAGAUGAAUCUCUUUCCGCACAUUCUGUCGCCCCUGGCCCAGUAGUCGUGCCUUCACGCUGCUAUUACAAGCCAACCGAGGAUCGUCCCCUUGCUGGUGCUAGGAUCGGUGUCAAGGAUAACAUCGACAUUGCUGGCCACAAAACGACUUUAUGCAAUCGAUCGUGGAUGGAUCUCUACCCUUCCAAGACUCAGAACGCCGCCUGCAUUCAGACACUUAUAGACGCAGGCGCUAUUAUUGUCGGAAAGCUCAAGCUGCAGGCCAUGAUAAUGCGCGAAGAGCCGCUCGAAUGCGUCGAGUUUACGGCGCCCUUCAAUCCUCGUGCCGACGGCUACCAAGUGCCGUCAGGUAGCAGUAACGGCAGCGGAGCCAGCAUUGCUUCGUAUGACUGGCUAGACUUCUCAAUCGGGUCUGAUACCAACGGUAGCGGUCGCAAACCAGCUUCCUACAAUGGCUGUUUUUCCAUUCGUCCCUCAACUGGCAUCAUAAACACGGAUGGUGUCGUCGGCUACUUCCCGCAGUUUGAUAUGCCUGUCUUCUUCGGCAGAGAUAUUUCUAAGUUUCCUGACUUCAUAUCUACAUGGUACGGAGACUCGCCCAUGCUGCGCAGCCCGGACGCGCCGACAGUCGAGAUUCUCUAUCCAACCGAUUACCUUCCAACUCUGAACCCGGAGCAAACCCAACGGAUCGAACGAUUUGUAUCCGGACUGGAGUCUACGCUGCAAAUUUCGCGCAGAAACAUCUCCUUAGCCGACAUGUGGAAACAAGACUGCCCCGACGGUAACAAGCAUGACGAUAUCGCCAAGUAUCUUGAAACUAAAUAUGGCAGGCCCGCAUUUGUCCAUCGGGCUCUACACUGGCAAUGGGAGGUCGGUAAGGCUGUGUCAAAAGAAGAGCGUGAUGAAGGUUGGCGUCGCUCGGAGGUCUACCGCCACUGGAUGCUCAGCAAAGUCUUCAAGGCAGACUCGCAGGAUACUGUGGUUGUCAUGCCGCUUCCUAUUGAAGCCGGGCAGCCAAAUUAUCGUGAUGCGCCUCUACCGCCCAGGGAAUAUUCGCUGCUUAGCGGCUACGCGGCAUUGAACAUGUCAAACCUGCUUCGCGCACCGGAAGUUACCGCCCCAGGUCAGUUCCCAGAGAGCUACGGUUGA